UCCUUUCUUGCAGUUCAGUGGGGCAACGGACACCUAGUGACGACCUCCUCCGCUGCCGACGACUGCGUCGCGGUUCGGUUUUGUUCGAAGCGCGAAACGGGACAAAGCAAAGCUGAGUACUGGAGUCACUCAUUCAAAAGUAGCCAACGAGACAAGAGUCUGGAAGACGAGUUAGCUACGCCGGCUCGUGCUCCAUUCGCCCCUAGUGGUAUUGUGCUGUUGCUUUGACGUUCUUUUUUUUAACGCUGUGCUUCUAUUUUUUAACAUUAAGCCGAUGAGCAUCAAUCCGUGAACAACAACUCGUUACAUUGUAGCACAAUUUUUUUACGGCCGAGCUUGUAUGCUACUGGGUGCUUGCCUUGAAAUAGUGUGUUAAGAGCUUCUGCUCACUAAGCCAGCGCACGAUAAUAUGGAUGAAAAUGGACUGUCUUUCAAACGCCAGCUGUUGUACACCAGUUCUUCGGGGUACUUCCAAGCGAUUAGAAAUUUUUACAGGAACAUGCAGGCCACAUGAGCAGUUUGAAAAAGCACUUCAACAUAAAAUUGACGAUAAGUUGACCGAAAGAGGCCGGUUCGUGCGCUCCAGCUGACAAUAUUUUUAUCAUUUCGCUAAUCUGAAUGUUAACAUGGAUCGUUGUUUGCCCGCCUGUUUGAUUGUAGCGAAUAUAGGCCAGGCAAGCAAGAGGUAAACUUGUAUUGUCUUAAAGAGUCGUCACCGUCGUGACAAAACCGUCUUCGCGGUACUGCUCUUAGGUUGUUUGUCGAGCCGCGGCAGCGUUCUAUCAUUCAAGUAGCCAGUCAGCAGGGUAGAUGUCAGCGUGAUUGUGCUGUGUUUUGUUUUCGUCGUACUGCAAGCAAAACGACUAGUAGUAGAACGAGUUCAUAGAAGACGUCAUGACGUGAAAGGUACAUCGAAGCAUAGUGCGUGGCGGACUAGGUUUUACUAGGAAACAAACCUGAUUAUCGUUCUGACACGGAAACCGAUAUCUACCCUAUAAAUGGAACUGGUUGAAGUUCGGUGAACAUACAACGAUAUUUUGGACUAUGCCCUUCUUCAGCCUGCCCCAAGAAGACCAUUCGUACAUUCAGGGCAAUCACGUUUAAGAAAUUACACGAGAGCCAGGUGGUGUAUUGUGUAUUGUCAAGGACGUUAAUACCCGAUCGAUUAUUUUGUGGCAUGAAGAAAAGUGACGCCUCAUCGUGUCUAGAAGGAAUCGAAGAUAAUCAGCUAUACGUUAGAUUUGUAUGGUUUAUUGCAAAACAUAGCUACUGAUCAAAGAGCUGACUCAAAUUUUCAUUAAAUUGUUUUCCUCUAGCUAUUGUAGUACACAGCAACGAAUGGCCGUUACGGCUCACAAUGUUCUAGCAGCAGCAUCAGUAGUUUCAUGGUUUCCAGCCGCCAGCAUCUAUGUCCGUAGUCGUGUCUUGUCUGUCUAGAACUGGAAGCGAAUUCCGUCAUGUGCUGUUACCAUCGUUGUCUAGUAGCAAUAAACGCAGCGGUUUUAACUAAGUCGCGCGCACCUUCCCCAUACCGAUUAGGAGGACAACAUCGGUCGGGAGCGUGGCCGGACAUCUCUGAGAUAGCGUCUUCUCUCGUAGUAACACCAGUAAGUACUCCCAAAGUGUCUUGCUUGUGAUACCAGAUUGCUAAACUGGCUGUAGUCGCUUGACUUAGCGGCGAUUCUGCAAAAAAAACCUGAAACAUUCACGCGAACCUAUUCGAUGAAGCUUCGAACACAAAACCCGAAGCUGUAUCAGUCAACUAUCGUAUUCUAGCACUGUGGUACUUGAAUAGUCCGAUACAGAAGAUCGAUAUUUCUGUUGAACCGCGCGCAGCUGUUUCUGAACACUUCAAGAGCCAUCCAAAUGCAGACUGGACUUGUGUGAUGUUCUCUGAAGGAGCUGAUGCGUGCGGGCGGAAACGAGUGAAGCAUUGUACUAGCGUCACCCCGCGUACAUGGAAGCAAUUUAUGUUUAGAUAUAAAAAAGGAAGACCUGUAUUCUAUACUACAAGCGACUGCGAAUGAUAAAACCUGCGAUACGAGAACAGCCGGAGGCAGUGAAUAUUCCCAAGGGGACCAGCUUUGUCAGUGGGUGUUGUUUCGCUGCAUCAGCACAUAUCGUACUAAAAAAAUUUUAAAGAUUGCUACUGAAAGUGAUGUCCGAACGUGAGAUCCGAUACAAGGAAGAUUUUGCUACAGGUAAUCAGUACUGAUUGAAUCAUAUAAAUAAUGGCUGCACAUGAAAAAAGCGUUGACUGUACUAGCAGCGUCUGAAAAGUAAUCUCGGUGUUUCGCUCACGAACGCAAGGACAUAGUGUCCUGCUAGAGGCACCUUAUUCAGAUAGACCCUGUUCAAGUUGAGUUGUUCAGAAUAGUGCGCUAACAGUGAUACGAGCCGACAAACGGUCAACCUUUUCCGAUUUCUAGUCGGCGAAAGAUCUAACCAAACCAAAUAGUAUAUAUUAAAUAUUUGCUAUGGUCGCAGUGCGUCACGUCACGCUGUGGAUGUGUCUUUGUGGUCUUUACAACGAUAGCGGCUAGAUUCUAUUCCUUUUGCAGCAUGGCGAAAGUGUCGAUACUGUCGUCGUUGUUGUUAUGUUCAUCCACACACAGUUCAGCUAGCCAACCCUUCCAGCAAGUUGGUCAGUUAUCUAAUCAAUUUAGCUUAAUAUCCAGAAGCGUCUGUCUAAAUCAAGCGCGCAAAUAUCCCCCGAGUAAACACAAAAGUGGUUUUAACCGUCGCUGCUUCUAGUGAUUUCGGCUGUGCGAUUGCGGGAGAAAAGUACGGUCAAGGCUCGCUGUCGUUAUUGUAGUCGUCGUCUUUGUCACAGUACGCCUGCCAAUGAGGUGGUGGCGUGAGGUUGCAUAGUUGAUGAGACGUAGGUGCAAUAACACUGAUACAACACGCUCACCUGUUCAGUCGGCCAUCUCCUGCCGUGUCGCUUAUCGACAGUCGUCGCCUGCCCGCCUGCCGCUUUGGCUGGCAUCGUAUCCAUCGAUACGGGUGGUGAUUAGUGAUGCCGCUGGCCAAAACGGACAUCGAGACAGCGACAGGAUUCCCAUCACAGCAGCAGCUGUCGCCUCCUGAAGGCGCGAUAGAAACCCCAAGUACUUCUGCUAAUGCGGGCGAGCAGCUAGCUACGAGAUUGUUGUCAGAAGCUAAAGAAAAGCACGCCGCCUGCCGCUUGUGUGUCGCGCUCAGUCUAACCUAAGCGUAGGGUUUGUGUUAAGUACUUAAUCUAACAGGUUACUUUUGGUGCCUGCUUGGUACCAUUAGGACAUCCAUUAUCUACAGUGUACUACUAUACUGAACAGCUUACCGUAAGAGCUAUACCUGCGUGUAGAGUACAACACUUAUAUAAUUAUAACUACAAGGAACAACUAUGUUCGACGGAUUAUAAAGCACCGAAAGCUGACAUGGAACUUCUGACCUCUGAUAGUUGAUUGCUCGUAAAUUAAACAAACUGUAAGCUCAACUUCUAUUAGGGACGCCGAAGUUCCAAGAAGAACGGAAAAGAAAAAUCGCAAUAAUGUCACUACAUGGCGCCGAGAUCACGGAUGAAGUCGACCCGCUUCAGGAGCUUCAUGAGAGCUUCCGCCCACUGAAGGAAAUGUUAAACGAAGAACAGGAGUCACUACGCGAACGCGUAGCUGACUUAGAGAUUAAGGUACUAGAACAGGCCGAAGAACUAACAUGUUUAAGGACGACGAUCGCAGAUCUUACCAGAAGACUGACACAACUCGAAGGCCGUGCUCCGACGAUAACAAAUACUGCCCCGUUAAUACCGCACAAUGGAUUUAAACAUAGUUACAGCCAUCGUUCGCUGAGCUCCAAGCUAGCAAGGCAAUCUUCGGGGCCUUCAAAUUUGACAGGAGAAUCUCCGACGCCAUCAGGACCACAUAAUCCACAUGUGAAUGGCCACUCCGAUACGCCAGAUGGUAAAAGAUUUGGCUAUGCAGCGUCAUUGUCGUCCCUUCAUAGUGAGGGCUCUUCUUCAACAAGAUCUACCCCGCAGCCCCCACAUCAGCAACAACAGCAGCCCCGUCACAAAAGUCUUUCGGCCGGAAAUCUUCAGCAACUGAGACGAGUCAAUGGAGGUAGCUCCCCAAAUAUACCGACGUAUAGCGUCACCCCCAAUGGAUACGCUGACCACGCAGUGACACGGGACUGCGUGUUCGAUCCUGACGAUGGAAUUAUUCGUUUUACCGUUCACGGACACCAGUUACUGCUGCCUGUUCCAACGGACCUCGUGGCCGAAUACUCCCUCACGAAGGUCAACCCCAUCCCCCAGCAACGGCCAAAACUUGAAUGGGUCUAUGGCUACCGCGGCCGCGAUUGCCGGGCCAAUCUACAUCUACUGCCGACCGGGGAGGUUAUCUACUUCGUCGCCAGCGUCGUCGUGCUCUAUAACGUGGAGGAGCAGGUUCAGCGACACUAUCUUGGUCAUACCGAUGACAUUCGUUGUAUUGCAAUUCAUCCAAAUAAACUGGUUGUUGCAACAGGGCAGACAGCUUCAAUUGAUCGAAGAGAUCGUCGGCCCAAAUUCGUCACAAGGCCCCAUGUGCGUGUAUGGGACUCGGUAAGUCUGAACACCCUUCACGUGAUUGGUAUCGGGGAGUUCGAUCGAGCCAUUAGCUGUUUGGCAUUUAGUAAACUCGAUGGAGGCUCAAUCCUUUGCAUCGUUGAUGACUCGGCCGAACACAUACUUGGCCUAUGGGAGUGGCAAAAAGGUCACAAAAUAGCAGAGACAAAGAGCGCUUCGGAGCCAGUUUUAGCUGUUAAAUUCCACCCGAUGGACCGACAUCAGUUAAUUUCGCUUGGUAAAGGCCAUCUACAUUUUUGGGACAUGGAAGGUGGGACAUUAGCGAAACGAGUUGGACUAUUUGACAAAGCACACAAGCCCAAGUACAUUCUGUGCGCCGCCUUUAAUGAGCUCGGCGAGCUACUUACGGGUGAUUCAAAUGGCGCUCUGAUGGUGUGGCCUCGGGGCGCCAACAAAGCCUCACGGAUUAUUGAAGAUGCGCACGAAGGACCGAUUUUCUCCAUUUGCGCUAUGAAGGAUGGCACGUUGAUUAGUGGAGGGGGGAAAGAUCGUUUGCUAAUUGAGUGGUCGGCAGAUUUGGAACCUACAGGACGAAAUGCCGAGUUAGCUGAGAGCAGUGGGGGCGUACGGACGCUUGUGCAGGGCCGUGGCUCACAAUUGUUGAUCGGGACUACACGGAACUGCAUUGCGCAGGGUAGCUUCGAGAUGUCGUUCUCAACUGUUGUCCAAGGGCACUCGCAAGAGGUGUGGGCGUUGGCUGCUCACCCGACGCAGGCACAGUUUCUCAGUUCAGGUUAUGACGGUCACAUUAAUUUGUUUGAUUCAAUGAGCCAUUCAGUUGUAUGGUCUCUACCGUGGCCCGAGCCUGUACAGAGCAUCGCCUUUUCGCCGUGCGGAAGCAUCGUGGCCGUGGCCUCUACAGCAGGAAACUGGAGCGCGUUCUGCGCGAACACAAGAAAAGUCUAUGCAGCUCACCAUGACGGCAACGAGCCUAUUGACGUCAUUCGUUACGCACCUAACGGACAGUAUCUGGCGUUGGCUUCGCGAGAUAACUUUAUUUACGUUUACCAAGUCUCAGAAGACGGCAAGAAGUACAACAGAAUAGGAAGAUGUGCGAAAUACACAGAAGCGCAGAAUAGGAUCCGAAAGAGACUCCUCGAACUUUGGGGCCACGGAAGUGCCACCUCACAACUCGACUGGUCCGAAUGCAGCACUUAUCUCCAAACAACGAACUCUAACUACGAGAUAGUCUAUUGGAAUGCAACAAUAUGUCGACCGAUCACAAACCCAAAUCACGUCAAAGACGUAAAAUGGGCAACUCAGACCUGCCCGCUGGGCUUCAGUGUAUUUGGAGUUUGGUCAGAGCAACCCGAAAGCUCCGACAUCUCAUGUGUGUCGAGAUCACACAACCGAAAACUGCUGGCAAUAGGCGACGAUUGCGGCAAACUCAAAUUAUUCGUGUAUCCCGCUAACGAGCCUCGCUGUUUGUACCAUACAGCCAAUGGACAUUCGAGCCAGAUGGCGGGCUUAGCAUUUCUGCCCGACGAUUCCCGCCUGGUCUCGAUCGGUGGCAAGGACUUUGCCGUCAUGCAAUGGUGUCUACAGUAGUCGGCAAUCGAACCUCGUGCGAAACCCCGCAGCUGUAUAUCUUAAACCAGCGUAUCUAAUAUGAUGAGUCGGGCUGUGACGAUGCAACCUGAGAAGCUGACGUCCGAGUAAAUUGGCAACAAAUCUUUCUCAGUUCAUUAUCGCUGCACUUUACAAAAAGAUACGUGUCUAGCCAUAUAAGAAAACAAUAGUGCUUUCAGGCACUUUUUUCAUGAUUAGGUUGAAUUGAGACUGAACUAACGAUGGUGAGAGGGCCUGAUGAUUGGUGCGGAGGCCUUGCCAAUAUUAGUCAGGCCUUCAAAGGUGGUUUUCUCUUAGUGAAAGACAACCAUUGAUUCACUGUACAGUAAUGAUAAAACAAGAAAAAAGAGACAACGGUACUAAGUAAGCUGCUGUCUGUCUGAACCAGGAAGUGACGGCACGCAAUCAUUAGGACACAUUUUGCAAUAUAUGCUCGCAUUUGGCAGUGGACCUCUUCGGGCUAGGGUGGUUAAAUGAAGCUGGGUCUUGAAAGAAACCCCAACGAAUAAGGUGUGUAGUACUGUCGAAGGCCACUUCACUGAUUACCAGCUAGGUCUUUAGCCACGGCAGAAUUCGUGUUCUGCGUAUUCCUUGUACAUACACGUUGAUGAUACUGCACCGGUGACAAUGUGUUUCAUCCUCAAAACAAUAGCAGUAACAAAAGCACCACAACUAUUACUAAUCAUGGAUUAAGAAAGCAUAACCUAACUAAUGGCGGUAAUUAGACAAACACAGAUAUUUGAUAUCGCGAAUAGGAGUAUUACGUCCAGGAGGCGUUUAAGUGAUCAUACGACAGUUAUGCUAUACUAUAACUAGCAAAGGCACGUGAGGACGGCGAUAUAAGUCGAUACGUAAAGCAUAGCUUUAUUUUCUUUUUUCACCAUCCUCAUUAUUACAAUUAUUUAUAAUACCGCAAUUCGUGUGCUGUUUGACGGCAGCGUAUAAUAAUCCACUUGCUCUUUCCGGCUGUUUAGGUAUCCGACUAUAAAAUAUAUCUAAGACCGCUUUUAAGAAAAGGCUGUCAACAAACUGGUCGUUACCUAGUAACUGUAAAAUGAAGGGCCCGAUUCUUUUUGGCUGAUCAUGAACUAUUUUUUGCGCGACUUCUGGAGGACCCAGAAGAAAUACCCCCCGAACCUUGUGACAGUAAAAGAGGGCUUCGAUCUGCUUCGUAAGCGCCCAGCAAUACACUAGAAUACAUUAAAUACAUACAGUAUAUAUAUAUAUAUACAGACGUACAAACACGUUUAUCAAUCAAAUAGAUAAAUACAUAAGGAGGCAAAAAAAAAAACCCUAGUAUCACACUAUACUAUCACGGGUAUAAUAUUAAGCUGUGAAUUUCCCCUCCCACUUUCGCCUUAUUAUUCUAUCUGUUUAUAAUGACCUAGGAACAGCUGUUUCUAAGUUAAUCUAGUGGGUACGUACUCAACUGUACGUAAUGUACUUUGCUGUGAUUACUGUUAUUAUUACCAUUUUAUUACUAUUUCUGCAGUUGUCGAUGCUUUGUUACUAUAAGACUUGGAAACGAUUUGACAGUGUAUAGCACAAUCUGAUAGAGUGUAGAGAGAGAAGCGUUUUCGUUGCCUAAAAUUUACUUACAAAGGAUAUUGGUUUUCGAGUAAAAUUCCAUGCAUGAAUUUUGCUAUUUGUUUACCUUUGUCGGUUUCCUAGGUUCAUUCAUAAAUAUUCAUGUUGUUGCAUACACCGGUAGCUGCAUGGUCAAAAUUACUAGAAAUAGACUUAUAUCGAUCGAAUACAUACGUCAUUAUAUCAAUCAUCAAUAUAUAAGCAGAGUAGCCAGACAGAACACAAACAGGAUGAACCUUCAUUGGCUUGAAAAAACAGAACUGGAAUUUAUCGAAAUUUUGUUCACAUUAACAAGGAAGGAGCAUGUGCUCCGACAAAUUGUUGCACAAAUUCUUCUGUGCAUUCCUUAGCUUUUGCCAAAUUGUCAGGAUUAUACAACUAAGGAAAAAUUGAAAUUUUCCGAGCUGAGGUUAUUGAUGAAACAGUAGAAUGAACCCAAUAUGUUAAUCAAAAGAGACAGAAUGCAACAAUGACGCAUAUUCGAGAAAACAUGGCGACUUAUCAGAUUCGAUCUCGACUCCCGAUCUUUUUUAACCUCGUAAUCUACCCUUAGUCCUUUAUUAUUUUUCAAUAAACGCGUACAUCUAUUUAUAGCCUAUCUACGUAAACGACCUGCUUUUCGACGGAAAAUUUAACUAUUGACUUCUAUAUAUAUCAUUCACCCCAUCCGCUUAACGAACUUGUUUAUCUAUAAUGUGAUAACGAUGACAAACUCUGCCGACGUGACUCAAACUAUGAUCAUCGCAAUAGAAUAAACGUAUGACGGUGCUCCAUCACUGUAUUGCAGAUCCGUCGUUCGUUAAAGCUAAAGUGAAGUAAAUAGUUGGGUAACGAGUAGAUAUUUUUUAAUCAUUCCUCUAAUACCUACCCCAAUUCUUUCCGAUUUAUGUCGAUUUGUGCUUUUCUUUACUGCUACCGGCCAGUAGUGCGCGUGAGAGUCACCGCAAUGAUGCCUUCGAGGUAUGGCUGAAUCCGCUUCUACACAGAUUUUUAUACACAAGUGUAAUAUAAAAAAAAAAAAAGACUAGGCGAUCGGUUGUGGCAACUGUGACAACAAUUCUGCCGCUUAACAAAAGCACAAGAACUUCUAUAAUAAUAAAAUAAUUUUAAUUACUACUAUUAUCACUUAAUGACGAGAAUAAUGUUUUUGAAAAAUACGAUAAAAGCACGUCGAUUCGACAACACUGACACUGUGAGCACAUCGACUGUGGAUUGAGUAAUAGAGAAAACUAAACAAAUAAAAUUAAAAACAAAUUAUUUAUUCAUAUUAAAUUUGUCUUUAUUCAAGUCUCAGCAGUAGGCGUUUGGUGUUCGCCUUGUUUAAACGACGAUCAGCAUACAUCAAACGUGAUUUCUUUUUUUCUAGUUUUGCAUUUAAUAAUAUAUUUGACUUAUCAACAGUAUAUUAGCUAUGAUAUCUUUAUUGCACGUUUAUUGCACGCAACAUGGCAUAAAAACGUUCACCUUUUGCCACUUUGUUGUUGUUGUUAUCAAUUAUCUUUAGAUGUAUCAUUUACAAUAAAGAUACGUAAUUCCACGGGGACAAGUUGUGGAAAUAGUAAAACAAACUGUAAAAAACGAUGUAGUUCGGGUUAGCAGCUUAAAAAAUUACUGUUUUUGGAAAAAAAUAUUUAUAAUGGUUCCCAACAGUGCGCAGACAAUCUUAGGACGGUAGCAAAAAAGUAAAAAUACGAUAUUUUCUUCCUGGUAAACCCGAUGACUCCGCUUACUAUAUGUCCAAGCAAAUACAUAUUAGUAUAUUUAAUAUAUCUGUACACUUCGUUAUAAUACGUUUUCUUUCUGCCGUCACACAAAGCUAGGCGAGGAAAAUAACGCUCCUCAAGGUCGUACGGCUUCCAUUAUGUAGCUGCGCGUAGUAAUUAUGCAAGACGACCUAUGGGUCAAUCAAGGCUAAUGAUGUUAUGUCUAAAUGCCAGCUCGUGGUAUCCGAUAGUGUAGUAUCUCAUUGUUCCUUCGAGAGUUAAUUACAGUUCUGGUUCUCUACUUCAUUAAAACGCAACUAUAAUAAUCUAAUUAAGUACACUGUCAUUUAAAUUCGGCAAGAAGCCUCAAGGACAUGAGGCAUAAGCCUGAGGUAUCCUCUCGAUCGCUGAACGCAUAGGUAGAAAAAUAUCAAAUGCCAAGCAUGGGACGAAAAUCUGAGUAAUGCAUGACUACAAUACUUUACACGCUGGUCCCCAGCAGCGCUAGUGGUAUUGGGUUCGGUCGUGUAAACAUUUAAAAAACGCGCAUUUGGUUGCAUUUCAUAGCGUUUGUACUCUGUGUGGACUAAAUACAAGCACGUCAACAAGAAUAGACAGAGAUCUCAAAUUUACGGGAGAGCGUAGUGUCGCAGUCCAGA